GCCGGGGUCAAUGGGGUAUUAGUAGUACCUCGGAUGCGUUUCAAGCCUCCUUUACCAGCUCAUCAACCUUGACCGUCAUGCCUGCGAUGCCCUUGCAUCGAUGCCAUUUCCAAACAUCGACUGACACCUGCAUUCAGGAGUGCACUAAAAGCUGAUCCGUCACCAUGGAGGGCCUUUAUUGAAAUCCUGCUUGAUGGAAUCCCGCGCGCUGCGCGUCCAGGCCAUGAAGAUAGUUGUCUGCAUCUCUGCACUCCGGUGAUCCGAUCCAUCUCGCAUCCAGUGAUAGCUUUCUCACCCUGCUUCUUCCCUUGGACGUCGCCGCCAUCUCAUUGCAUGGACAUCCUAGAGCUACAAAAAUGGGCCUUCAUGCCUGGCCUCCCGGAUAACAUCACUCCAAUCCGCGAUUUACUCGUCCGAUACAGCAGGAUUCCCUCCGAGGAAAUCGACUCUCAUCUUAUCAGGAUUCGCGAGGCAGCAUGGGCGUAUGCUAGAAUGCCCUUUAUUGGGCGAUGGAAAUUCUUGACGUUGAAUGACGCCAACGACUCUCGCUACCAGCAGGCCCUUUUCCGGCUCAGAUUAUCUCAGUCUCGAGACACUCUACUUGAUCUAGGUUGCGGGCUUGGCCAAGCGCUAAGGCAAUUUCGAGAUGACGGCGUUGACGGAUCACGAUUAUUCGGGCUCGACUCCAGCUCUCAGUUGAUAUCGUCAGGAUACGACCUCUUCCAGGACAGGAGCAGUUUGGGUGCCCAUUUUACCAUUGGAGAUAUAACGGACCCCGACGAUCUGAGGCUAGAUGAGCUCAACGGCCACAUCAGCAUCAUUCAUGCUGGCAGCUUCUUCCAUCUAUUUAGCUGGAAGCAGCAGCUAUACAUCGGAAAGCGACUGGUGGGCUUUCUACAGCCCGAGAUACGCAACGCUUUCAUAUACGGCCGACACGUCGGCGUCACUUCUACUCAUAAGCCUGAAAAGGAUGAUUCCUCACCCUAUCUCCACAACCAGGAGAGUUUUCAGCGGCUCUGGGACGAGAUUGGAGAAUUAACGAGGACGAAGUGGAAGGUAGAGGUGGAGCAAUCGGGGGAGAAUAUCGUCUGGCUACCAGGGAGGCCAAAAGGCGCAUAUGCCGUCAAUUUUACUAUAUACCAAGUCCCUAGAAAUGAAAUAAAAAAAAGCUGUUUAUAGCCUCA